AUGUGGAAACGAUGUUGGCGGUUACUUGGCUCUACAAACCGCUAUACGGAUGGUUCAGGACGUCGUUUGGACUCCUCUGAUAUUCCUAGUGAUUUACAUCUGCAACCCAUCAGCAACCGUGCCUAUCCUGUUCAGGGAGAACAUUGGCAGCCUGUGGUUGCGGAUGAACCUUCACCGCAUAAGGGUAAUGUUAUCAUCUCAGGUGCAGGCGUUGUUGGAAUGACUGUUGCGGCAUUAUUUGCCCUUCGAGGUUGGCAUACAACCGUUAUUGAACAAUACGCAUCCGUAUUAGAACUACCAUCCCAUGGUGGUAGUAUGAAUACAUCAUUGCAGGAUUAUAUUAAAAAUGAAAAAGAAGAAAGAAAUAUAGUGUGGUCUCGUUGGAGUCCUUAUGUGAAUUUACAACACGCUCUGGUUACUCGUCGAGCUAUGGAUGCAUUAGAGGCGUCAGGUCUCCGAAUUAAUGAAUUAAAACAAUGUGGAGUUCCUGUUUUGGGUGUAAUGGAUCACCCUGGGGCAUAUAAUAGUUGGCUUACAUAUGGAUUAACAGAGUUACAUCCAUUCGCUCUAAAAAUGCUUUCAGUGGAUUUAUUGGCUCUUCGUCAAGUGCUUGAACAACAUAUACAUAUAUUGCCUACUGGAAAUUGUCGUAUUUUUCAUGAACAUGUGAUAGAGGCAGUGUAUCCGCUAAAGCAACAACUUGUUGUAAAGCCUAUAAAAGAAAGUCCUAUGUACAAGAAACUAACGCAAGAGGUAAUUGAUGAUGUGCAUGAAAAUAAUAAUAAUAAUAAUAAUAAUAAUAAUAAUAAUAAUAAUAAUAAUAAUAAUAAUAAUAGUGGUGAUGCUGAUGUUAUUGUGGGUAAAGAACUUGAUAGGCAGACUCAUCUUAUGGAAACAAGUCUUACACUUCAUCCUCUUAAAUGGGAAAGGAAGUUUGAAAGUGAGGCGGUUAAUUAUGAUCUUCUUGUAUCUGCAGAAGGGGCAAAUUCACGUUUGCGUGAUCUUAUUGAUGUAGAAGGUUUUGCCGCAGAUAUUGAUUUUGCUCUACGAUGGUUUCUUCUUAAGAGUAAACGACUCAGUCAUUCACAUAUACAUCGCUGGUUACAAAAACGAACAAAACCUGUCUUGCAGUACGAAGUACAAUCACCAUACCAAGUUCCUUUAGCCAUUGCUUUCCCACGAAAAACACUAGAAAGUGAUGAAAAUAAAAAGAGCAAUACUAAUAGUAAUAGUAGUAGUAGUAGUAAUAGUAACAGUUUUGCUCUUAUGGUAUAUGCUCCAAUUGGUGAUCUUAAACGUCUUUCUGAUGAUGAAAUUAUGCGUGAAUUUUGUCCUGAUCUUGCAAAAAGUGAUGAUACAUGUGAAAUAUUUUCCUUUACACAGAACCCUACACCCUAUCCAACUGUUUUCUGUGAAAAUUUAUUUAAUAGCGUAGGUCUUCCUUCUGCUGUUGUGAUUGGUGAUGCAGCUCAUACAUGUAAUCCUUUUUGGCUUCAAGGGUUAGCUAUGGGACUUGAGGAUGGUGUUAAUCUUUUAAAUCAAGUGGAUGCCUACUCUAAACAUUUCUACGAUGCCAUUAAACAAUAUAGUCAAGAGCGUGGUUGUAGUGGAGAUGCAUUGCGAGAAAUAACAGAUCGAUGUUUAUACUAUGAACGGAAGAAACAUGUUAAUCCAUUUGUGCGUUUUCAGAAUAACUAUCAACGUGUAAUGAACGUUAUUUGUCCACGAAUGUUCAAUGAGUACUACUCUGGUGCGUCUGUAAAUCAUGUUUACUCCAGAAGUUUAGAAACCAUGCUUAAUGGUCGAGGAUACACCUCAUACGAGUACGCUGAAAAGCAGCAAGCAAAACAUCGUUCAUUCUUUCAUUUGGGAAGGGUGUAUACAUAG